UCCUGAUCUCACUGGUACAAAUCAGAGGAGCUUCCUCAAUCUGCUCUGCAGUUCAGUGUACUCCUAACCAGCAGCUAUGUCUUUUGUGGACACUCUGCGGCAGUGGGACGAGGCUGUCACCUGUGUGGACAGACAGGAUUUGGCAGAGGCAUACAGGAUUUUCCUGUCAAUCCAAGAACCAAACUCCAAAAUUUGUUUUGACAUAGGCUGUCUCCAUCUCCUCAACCAGGACCUGGAUGCUGCUGAAAAGGCGUUUGAUUGCAGCAUACGCAAGGAUGAGCAUUUGGCUGUGGCUUUCUUUCAGAGAGGAGUUACCUUUUACAAAAAACAGAGGUAUGAGGAGAGUUUAGGUGAUUUCCAGCGUGCCUUCAAAGCCCUGAGAGGCAACCAGCUGAUAGAUUACAAAGCACUUGGUCUCAGAUACAUAUUAUAUGCAUGUGAUGUUCUCCACAACAUGGCCCUGGUUGAGGCUCAGCUUGGGAACUGGGAAAAGGCCCAGGAGAACCUUGUUAAGGCUCUCGACUACAAGACAGAGGCCAAGCUCAAUACCAUUGACAGAGCUCUGCAGUCAACCCUGAAACAGAAACUUUUCAAACUUGUCGAGUUCCCAUCCAAACUGCUGUUUAAACCAAAUAAGAACUACGUUGCUGAGCUGGAGAAGAAGGACUACCUGGGCAAAGCAAAGGUGGUUGCCUCUGUCGUCCCUCAGGAUGACUUCUCUGGGUUUGCUCCAUUACAGCCACAGGUUGAAGAUGGUCCAGCUUGUCCAAAAGAACCUGAGGUUCUCAGAGCUCUGGAAGGAGAACCCCACACUGUCCUGUUUGAGUUUGUUCCUGAGACCAGUGAUGAGUUGGCUGUAGUGCCGGGCAACAUCGUGUUCGUUCUACACAAGGGUGCUGACAACUGGGCAUCUGUGAUCUUCAAUGAAAGAAGGGGACUUGUUCCUUACAAUUACCUGGAACGUUUGGAGAUCUCAUUGGCUUCUAAACAGAAUGGGGGAGCCCAAGUACCACAAAGACGAGAGCGACCAACCAGACCUGAACGGAAAACAGGUCUUACUCAGUGUAGCAGUGUAGACCAGGAUGAACAGUCUCCUGACAACUCAUAUAUUGUCAAAGUCCGUUUCACCUUCACCUUUACCAUCUCUGUCCCACCUGAGUCUCCCUACACAGCACUGAUUGAGAAAAUCAGUAAGAAACUGAAUGUCCCUGCUAAACAAAUCACCCUGAGUUUAACCCCUGAGGCUGAUGAACAAAGUGUAAUCGAUGCCAACACAAAAAUGGAGUGUGUGUGGAGCCGUGCCAAAGACAGACACAUCACGUUGUGGUGUAAAACCACAGAGCUGGACCAAACUGAUGGAAAACCACACAGCGAGAUUCACUUGGUGGCACUUCAUUCAUACGAGUCAUCAAAUCCAGAGGAUCUCAAUUUUCAGCAAGGGGAUAAAAUCACACUGCUCUCUAGAGUUAACCAGGACUGGUUGGAAGGACAAUGUAAUGGGAACACUGGUAUAUUCCCUGCAGCCUUUGUGGAAGAAGUUCCUGUGAAUGGCCAGUAAUGUAUCCAAAUAUAACCACAAGUGACUAAGGGACAGUUUUACAGUUCAGGAGCCAAAGCUGAAAACGGGUGACAUCUAUUUUAUAAUAAACCACAUUUUUUCUCAUUAGAAAAAAACCCUUUUCCACAAUGGUCAUGAUAUCAUUAUACAAGUAUAACAAUACAUUAUACAAGCUGCUGGUGUGCAUCACAGGUUACACUCUGUGACAGUAAAAACAGGUGAUAUCUGGUAUUGGUUCAUAAAAACAUUUAAUUACUUACAGUUUCCUGUAAUUACAAGUAAUAUGCUGUACAUUUGGUACAUUUGUAGCAGUCAUGAUUGAAUAAUGCAGACCUUGUGGAUCACUGGUAAAUUA